UGAAUGUCAAAAAUGAUCUCACCUUUCCUGCUUUCAGAUGCAACUCGGGCCUUAAACUUGCUGGAAGAGUACUGCGCUAGACUGAGGAAACCAGAGGAGCAACAGCUUAAAACUGCCAUUUUAAGAGUGAUGGAGAUCUUCAGGAGUAGUCUUUUUCAAGCCCUGCUUGACAUCCAGGAGUUUUACGAGGCGACGUUGCUGAACUCCCAUAAGAGCUGUGAGCAGAAGCUGCAGGAGCUGAACCACAUGGCGGAGAAGUGGGAGCGCCCCCCCGCCCCCGGACACGGACACGCCUCCACCUCGCCCGUCGACGUCAUGCUCCACGGGCCCCCCAUACAGGAGCAGACCGAGACCAGUAGCACAGACCUGAAUGACAACAGAGAGCCGACGGAGACCAGCACCGCCACCGAGAACAGGCCGGCUGCGGUGCAGGGCUCCCCUCAUGUGGCCCAACCCUCGACAUGCCCCACCCCGGCCCUGAUGAACGCUCCCUGGCAGUACCGGUACCAGGAUGAAGAUUCGCCGCCGCCGGACCACGGCUUCCCACGGCUGACAGGUGAGGUGCGUGCUCCGGAGCUGGUGCACGUGUCGGAGAAGAACCUGUCGGAGAUCGAGAAUGUGCACGGCUACGUCUCCCACGCCCACAUCUCGCCGCUCAAGGCCAGUCCCGCCCCAAUAAUAGUCAACACAGAGACCCUGGAGUCCGUACCCUACGUGAAUGGGACUGAGAUAGAAUAUGAGUUUGAAGAGAUCACAUUAGAACGGGGGAACUCGGGUCUGGGCUUCAGCAUAGCUGGCGGCACAGACAACCCGCACAUCGGAGACGACCCCGGUAUCUUCAUCACCAAGAUCAUCCCGGGUGGCGCCGCGGCCGAAGAUGGACGACUCAGAGUUAACGAUUGCAUCCUGCGUGUGAACGACGCGGACGUGUCGGAGGUGUCCCACAGUAAGGCUGUGGAGGCCCUGAAGGUGGCCGGCUCCAUAGUCAGGCUGUACGUGCGGCGCAGGAGACCCAUGCUGGAGACCGUGGUGGAGAUCAAGCUCAUCAAGGGCCCCAAAGGCCUGGGCUUCAGCAUCGCGGGUGGCGUGGGCAACCAGCACAUACCUGGAGACAACAGCAUCUACGUCACCAAGAUCAUCGAUGGCGGCGCGGCACAGAAGGACACCAGGCUACAGGUUGGAGACCGCUUACUCAUGGUAAACAACUACACGCUGGAGGAGGUGACGCAUGAGGAAGCGGUAGCCAUCCUGAAGAACACGUCUGACGUGGUCUACCUGAAGGUGGGCAAGCCCACCAGUGUUUACUUAUCCGAUCCCUAUGGGCCUCCAGAUAUCACACAUUCAUUCAAUCCUGCUAUGGAAAACCAUAUCUCAUCGCCCGGCAACAACGGCACUCUAGAAUACAAGUCCAGUAUGCCGCCCAUUUCCCCCGGAAGGUACUCGCCCAUCCCCAAACACUUGCUUGGGGAAGAGGACAUUAACAGAAAUCCCUCGUUAGAUGAUGGGGAGGGUCACAGGUUUGAGCCCCAACACUUCCAGUUGAGGGAGCCGCGCAAGAUCGUGCUGCACAAGGGCUCGACGGGCCUGGGCUUCAACAUCGUGGGCGGCGAGGACGGCGAGGGCAUCUUCGUCUCCUUCAUCCUGGCCGGAGGACCCGCCGACCUCAGCGGAGAACUGCGGCGCGGCGACCAGAUCCUCUCGGUAAAUGGCAUCGACCUGCGUGGUGCCACCCAUGAGCAGGCUGCGGCGGCACUGAAAGGAGCGGGCCAGACCGUCACCAUCAUCGCCCAGUACCGGCCCGAAGAGUACGGGCGCUUCGAGGCCAAGAUCCAUGACCUACGGGAACAGAUGAUGAACCACAGCAUGAGCUCCGGGUCGGGGUCCCUACGAACCAAUCAGAAGCGCUCGCUCUACGUCAGGGCGUUGUUUGACUAUGAGAAGGCCAAGGACAGCGGUCUCCCCAGCCAGGGCCUGAGCUUUCACUAUGGGGACAUCCUCCACGUCAUCAACGCCUCCGAUGACGAGUGGUGGCAGGCCAGACGGGUGACGCCGGACGGGGACAGCGAGGAGAUGGGCGUCAUUCCCAGCAGGAGACGAGUUGAGAGGAAAGAGCGAGCUCGACUAAAGACGGUGAAAUUUAAUGCCAAACCUGGCAGCUUUGACUCGAAAGGGUCGUUUAGUGAAAAGCGUAAAAAGAGCUUCAUCUUUUCACGCAAGUUCCCCUUCUACAAGAAGGAGCCGGGCGAGCAAGACGGCAGCGACUCAGAACGGAGUCAAGAGGAAAUGGUCCUUUCCUACGAGCCAGUCAUGCGGCAAGAAAUUAAUUACGCGCGACCAGUCAUCAUCCUGGGGCCGAUGAAGGACCGGAUCAACGACGACCUGAUUUCCGAGUUCCCCGACAAGUUUGGCUCGUGUGUACCCCACACAACGAGAUCCAAGCGGGAUUACGAGGUGGACGGCCGGGACUACCACUUUGUGCAAUCCCGGGAGCAGAUGGAGAAGGACAUUCAAGAGCACAAGUUCAUCGAGGCGGGCCAGUACAACGACAAUCUCUACGGAACUAGCGUGCAAUCCGUCCGAUACGUGGCGGAGCGGGGGAAGCACUGUAUACUGGACGUGUCCGGAAAUGCCAUUAAGCGACUACAAGUAGCACAACUCUACCCAAUCGCCAUCUUCAUCAAGCCCAGAUCCAUAGAGUCCUUAAUGGAGAUGAACAAGAGGCUGACGGAUGAGCAGGCGAAGAAGACAUACGACCGUGCCCUCAAGCUGGAACAGGAGUUUGGAGAGUAUUUCACAGCUCUUGUUCAGGGGGAGACUUUGGAGGACAUUUAUACACAGUGCAAAAUGGUGAUCGAGGAGCAGUCUGGACCCUAUAUCUGGAUUCCAUCAAAAGAAAAACUUUAAGGAACAGAGAAACCUGGCAGGGAUUAUGGACUGCAAAAAAAUUAGUAGAGAUAAUUUGUAAUAUAUGAUAAAUUAUUGCAGCGAUGGUAAUGAUAUUGAAUAAUACUAUUUUUUGUUAUUUUAGUUUUUUUUGUUGUUUGUUUUGUUUUUCACUUUCAAUAUGAAUGUUCCUGAAUGUACACCACAAAGUGUUAGCAACAUGGCCUCGAUACAACUGACUGACUGUUGGUCCACUUCAUCACUUGGGUGUUUCAACUCAGCAAGGCUAGUGACAAAACAACACGAGCACCGGUCAGCCCACCCUAGGCCCAUGCAAAAGAGCAGGAACAAUCUCAAUCUCAAUCUCAAAACCAGACCAACCACAGACGGCAUGACCCGGAUGAUCUCACCAACACACAAGGAUAAUAGAUCAAGUCUACUACAACUCCGCCAGACAACUCCUGUCCAAUCACCAAACCUCCGCAAAAGCCUGAAGAAGAGUUCCACUCCAACGAUGUUGUUGUUAUUAUUACUACAUGACAUUUCUGCUGACUUUUUGCAUCUAUGCACUCACGUGGUCCCUGGACCCUUUACGUUUUUAACCCUGCCUCCUGUCAUAAACCAUUGUUUUUUUAUUGCUACUAUUAUUGCUGUUAUUAUUUAAUGCAUUGCAUUGUCAGAUUUUGUUUUGUGAUUAUUUUUUUCUUGGGAGAUUUCUUUCUCAUG